GGACUCGUGGUUACAGGAGAAGCAUCUUCUACAAUGUCUGGUCGUGGAAAGCAGGGCGGCAAAGCCAGAGCCAAGGCAAAGACUCGCUCGUCCCGGGCAGGCCUGCAGUUCCCCGUGGGCCGCGUGCACCGCCUGCUGCGCAAAGGCAACUACGCCGAGCGCGUCGGGGCCGGGGCGCCCGUCUACAUGGCGGCCGUGCUGGAGUACCUGACCGCCGAGAUCCUGGAGCUGGCCGGCAACGCGGCGCGCGACAACAAGAAGACGCGCAUCAUCCCGCGGCAUUUGCAACUCGCCAUCCGCAACGACGAGGAGCUCAACAAGCUGCUGGGCAAAGUCACCAUCGCCCAGGGCGGCGUCCUGCCCAACAUCCAGGCCGUCCUGCUGCCCAAGAAGACCGAGAGCCACAAAGCCAAGGCCAAGUAAAGCCGAGGACGCGCCACGAGGCUUCGCCACAACCCAAAGGCUCUUUUCAGAGCCGCCCACACUAUCUACAAAAGUGCUGAUUUUCUGUAUCUAUUGUAAACAUUUCUCCUAUCUUAGGCGCUAAUUAAAUGCAGUUUAAGUGUAUAGAAUUGGGUGGGCUUUUCUACAUUUGAGAUCCAGGAAAGACAAGGCGACAUUACAAAAUCUAAAACAUCAACAUUAAAAUAUAUAUACAAAAGUUAAAACUUAGCCCACUUCCUCAAGAUUGUAUGUUUUCUGAUCGUUGUCACUUCCUGCUAUAAAUUCAUUUAUACAUCAUGUAUAUGCCACAAAACCGGACCAGAAUAAAUGUGUUUCUACAA